AUGGGUGACACUCUCUCAAGUGAUGGAUUUCAGUUAUCGAAGGAACGGGUGAAAGCCAUAGCGGAAGCACCAGCCCCUAAGAACCAAUCGGAGGUGAGAAGUUUCUUGGGCUCUGUACAAUUUUGCGCCAAGUUCAUACCACAGUUUGCCACUGUAUCCGCACCCCUCUGGGACCUGACCUCCAAAAAUGUCAAAUGGAAAUGGGGCACCAACGAAGCAGCAGCAUUCUCAAGAAUCAAGUGUUUGUUAACCCGAGUACCCGUUAUGGCUUACUAUAAUCUACCUGCUGAGACAAAAGUUACAACUGACGCAUCACCAGUAGCCCUAGCUAAGAGCCAUCCUUGA